AUGUCGAAGGGUUGCUACACCUGUCGUCGUCGCCGCAUCAUUUGCGACAACGGCUUGCCCACAUGCCGCAAGUGCCGCGAUGCGGGGAAGGAAUGUCUGGGGUAUCAGAAGCCUCUCGUUUGGGUCAAGGGAGGUGUGGCCAGUCGCGGAAAGAUGAUGGGUCGCAGCUUUAAUGAGGUUAUGCGUCCUUCAGAUCUCAGGCGCGGUGACUCGAGCCCCUCUUCCAGCAGCAAUGCGUCGCCGCCGUCAGCAGCCGAUUCGCCCACCCAGUCUAUAGAUAUCAGCUUAUGCGUACCCCCCAACGUGUCGGGCAUCCAGGGUAUCCUAGAACCAACCCAGUCGGAGGAUAACGAUAACCAGGAUACUCAAGUGGUCUUGCAAAGAGCUACACCGGUCUCCGCGCCUUGGGGCAUGGUGGACCCGCUGUUCAAGGACCUGAGUCAGCUGUCGCGGUUCUACAUUGUGCAUUUCAACCAGAACCUUGCCAACUAUCUCACCCUCUACUCCGAGACCGGCAACCCGUACCGUGACCUCAUUCCCCUGGUCGGGGACUCUCCUCUCCUCGCCCACGUCCUUGCUGCCACCGAAAAGUCCGUGAUCACCUCCAUGUCUCGGCGUCCGUCGUCCAAGGUGUAUGAACAUUUUCUCGGACUUAAGCAGCGCGCCCUAGGGCAGUUAUCGAGCGACAUUCAGGAUCCCGUCUUGCGCAAUGAUAACAGAACUCUCGCUGCGAUCACCGUGCUCGCUUUGAUGGAUGCUAUUGAAUCGGGGGAUGGUGCCUGGAAGUUCCACCUCGAAGGGGCCAAGAAGCUGCUUAAAGGCCGCCAAGAACAGGGGGCCUCCAGUCCGCCUCAAUGCCUUGUCAAGUGGCUGGAAGAUUUCGCUGUCGAUGGCAUUCUCCUCAUCCAACUCAUGGGCUCCACCCUCGCUCGCCCAGGGUCCCUAUCCAAACCCUUCUACACCUCCAGCAUGGGCCCCGCCAUGCUCAAGCGUCUCGAAGAAACCUCCUACGUCGGCUGUCCAGCCUAUCUCCUCGAAGUCAUCCUGCUCAUCCACGCCGGUCUCUACUUCGACCCGGACGUCGACCCCAACUCGCAACCCUCCAUGAUCUUCACCUCUGCCUUCCUCUCCCAAGACUCCAACCCGCUCCAAUCCCCCGGCGCUCUCCUCCAACACAUCCAAGCCUUCGACCCCUAUGCCUGGGCCGAGUCCAUGCAAAGCUGCUACUACCUCGCAGACCUGUCCAUGCGAACCGCCCUGGCAACCGUCUUCAAAGGCGCCGUCUACCUCUACGCCAGCCGUGUUCUCUCCCGACCGCGUCCCGGCGCCGCAACCAUCCCCAACCACUUCGGUCUCCCCUCCGACCACGCCGAAGUGGCAGACCUGAUCAUUCGCAAAAUCGCUCUCAUCCCUAUCGAAGAUCCCCACUUCAAAUGCCUCAUCUGGCCCACCUUCAUUGCUGGCGCGGAAUGCCGAGACCCCGUCCAGCGACCCUUUGUACUCAACAAGUUGCGCGCGUUGUACUUCAACAUCACCAGCGUAAAUGUCCGCAAUGCGGCUUGGGUUUUGAGCUUGAUGUGGCAGAAACAGGAUCAGAAGAAGGCUGAGAAGCAACAGCAGCAGCAACGGCCUACCACUGAUAUUCAUUCCCAUGACGAUAAUAAUGAUGAUGACGAUGACUUUGAUUGGAUUCAGGAAUUGGAUAAUUCCAGAAUUGACUGGUUGUUUAUAUAA